GGUGGGGGAAGACCUGGGUUGCGGGGGCAACAGUUGAGGGGCCAUGGCAGCGGCCAGGAAGGAGGACGGGGGCUCCGAAGGGCCAAACCGCGACCGGGGAGGGGCAGGUGCGGCCUUCGAGUGUAACAUCUGUCUGGAGACAGCGCGGGAGGCGGUGGUCAGUAUGUGCGGCCACCUGUACUGCUGGCCUUGUCUCCACCAGUGGUUGGAGACUCGGCCUGAAAGACAAGAAUGCCCUGUUUGUAAGGCUGGCAUAAGCCGGGAGAAGGUUGUCCCACUCUAUGGGAGAGGAAGCCAGAAACAGCAGGACCCUAGAUUGAAAACACCACCACGUCCACAGGGCCAGAGGCCUGCCCCUGAAAGCAGAGGGGGAUUCCAGACAUAUGGGGAUGCUGGAGGCUUCCACCUUUCUUUUGGUGUUGGUGCCUUUCCCUUUGGUUUCUUCACAACUGUCUUCAACGCCCAUGAGCCUUUCUACCGGGGCCCAGGUGUAGACCUGGGACCCGGACGUGCAGGCUCCAGCUGGCAGGAUUCCCUCUUCCUGCUUCUUGCCAUCUUCUUCUUUUUUUGGCUGCUCAGUGUCUGAGCUGCCCCCUCUUAGGGCCCUCCCCCAACCAGAGGGAGAAUCAGUAUUGGGGGACCCCAAAACCUUUUUUUCUAGGUCUCUGCUCUCUCAUGGCUGAGGCCAGAUACAGCCUACCCCAUCCUCAUCCCUCGAAAUGUGAGGAAGAGGGAAUCAGCUGGAUACUGAGUGGGAAAGCUGGAGAGCCUGUUCCUCUCUGGUUGCUAAGCUCAGAUGAAGCUUCAUUCUCAGCUUGGGGGAGGGGGUGAGGAGAUGGGCUAAGGGGACUGUCUACUUUCUCUCUACUUCUUCCCAAGUUCCCCUAUUUGGGAGGAAGAGGAAGUGCUCUUUAAUUCUCCCCGUUUUUUGAUUUAAUUUAAUUUUCUCCUCUAUGCCUAGGAUGGGUUCUGUCUCCCUGCCCUCAUCCUCACCCUCACUCCAUAAUUUGUAAGGAAUUCAAUAAAAAAAAAAUUGAAAGUA